CUGCACAAGCGCUCUUGAUGCACUAAGGAAGCAUGAGGAUGGUACGGCAGCCCAGCUUCGGGUUCAUCCCAUGCAGUCUAGGCGGGCUCCGAUCCGAGCAUGGCGCCGUCAGAAACGAAGCCUCAGCCCUCUGCUGCUCCUCGACUUCCCCCUUAUCGUCCUCCUCCCCUUGGCUCAUUGAUCGUUCGCCACGAUCGAAGCAAAGGUUCAAGGAAGCGAGAGUAGUGGAAUGCAGGAUGAACCUGAGGGGAGGGUCUCUCGGGCAAUGGUGGAACCUGUUUGGAUGGAUCCCUUUCCUCUCCAUGGGUUCAGCUUCAAGUCACACGGUCGAGAGCCUCACAUCGAGGAGAAAGAGGCUGUGGGGGCGACCCGCGGAUCCUUCAGGUGUAGCAGCGCAGCAUGACACCAAGAAGAUUCGCAAGACACAGUGUCGAGCUGUCCACACUGGUGGAGAUAUGAACCGGGAGAACGACCUGAAUAUCUCUUCGUUCUCAAAGGAGAUCGUUGUGCCGGCAAUCCGACUAGAUGCAAGACAUUGCUCCCUUGUUCACACGGAGUUGAGAAAGUACCUCUUCAACUUACCAAAACUGAAGGACAGGAUACUUCUUGUAUCAAAACAUGUCGAAGACGAUGGAAGUAUGCAAGCCAUGUUCAGAAACACCAGCAACGACCAUGCAUACGGAAUGGACGAUAUGCACGAUGACGUGAAACGCUUCUCGGAGAAGUACGAUGCAAGCAUUGUCAUGAUCACUCAUCAGAACCUAGGGGCCGACGAGAUGAUGCGAGAGUUGCUGCCUGAGAAUGUCACAAUUCCUACUGGAUUCCAACAGAUCGGGCAUAUCGCACAUCUGAACCUGAAGGAUGAGCACCAGCCCUUCAAACACUUGAUCGCACAAGUAGGGCAGAUAGAAAACAAGUUGCGCGUGCCUGAGUUCGAAGUCUUGGCGGGGAUUCCUGAUAUGUCUACAGAGGUGAAGCAAAACGAUCUUGUUUUCAAGCUCGAUUACAGCAAGGUCUAUUGGAAUUCGAGGCUGGACCACGAGAGAGAGGUGCUGGUAGAAGGUUUCGAGCCUGACAGUGAGAUCUGGGAUGUGUUUGCCGGCAUCGGGCCCUUUGCGCUCGUCGCUGCUGUGAAGGGCUGCAACGUGUUUGCCAACGAUCUGAACCCUGAGUCGCACCAUUACUGCAAGGUGAAUGAAGGCAUGUGGACUUGUUGGCGAUGA